GCCCCGACCCUCCUCCCCCGGAGCCUUCAGUGCCCACACCAUCUCCCUCUAUCACUGUCACCUCGCCUCGGCAGUUCGCUCACUUCAUUCGACAGGACGACGUCACCUUCUUUAUGGUGGACGUGACGGAUCUCUUACACUAUGAUCCACCCUGUCCCGACGCCGAGCUCAUCCCUCUGGAGCCUGAUCCUCCCUCUAUCUCUAUGGCUCCCAUCUCUACUUCCGUCCCUCCGCCGUCCGUCGAGUCCACCCCGCCGUCGCAUGCUGACGCUGACGCUGAGGAACUCGCACGAUAUACGACUGACUUGGAGCCCGCAGUUCGUGAGCUCAUCCGAGAGUACCACGACGUUUUUCCAUCGUCGUUCUCGUACGCCGGCAUCCCACCGAUGCGUGACGUCGAACACUCCAUUCAACUUGUGCCUGACUAUAGUAUUCACCACCAGGCACCCCACAGACUCUCGAUCCCCGAGGCCACCGAACUCAAGCGUCAACUGGAGGAACUCCUGAGACUAGGUUUCAUUAAGCCCAGCAACUCCCCGUGGGGUGCACCCGUCCUCUUAGCUCGCAAAGCGGACGAAACUCUCCUUCUCUGCAUCGACUAUCGUGGUCUCAACCGCUACACGGUUAAGAACAGCUACCCCAUGCCUCGUUCCGAUGAGCUGUUCGACCGCCUAGCAGGCAACCGCUUCUUUAUGAAGAUUGAUCUUCGUAGCGGUUACCAUCAAAUCCGCAGGGCGAUGAACGACAUCUUCAAGGGCAUCCUGGAGCAGUACGUUCUCGUCUAUCUCGACGAUAUCCUGGUCUACAGUCGUACCCUUGAGGAGCACCUCAGACAUCCCUGCGACGUCCUUGACCGCUUGCACAGACAUGGCUUCUACGCCAAGCUGAGCAAGUGCCGCUUUGCCCAGCACAAAGUGAAUUUUUUAGGACACUACGUGUCUGACCAGGGUCUCCACAUGGACGACGCGAAGAUCACUGCUAUUGCGGAGUGGCCCGCUCUCACAUCCGCCAAGCAGCUUCGCAGCUUCCUAGGUCUGACCAGCUACUACAGUAACUUCAUCCGGGGAUACACUAGGUAUUCCUACGUCCUUACCUCCACCCUCCUCCGAAAGAACCCACCCUGGGUUUGGACACCCCUCCACGAGGACGCCUUCCGCGCCCUCAAGAAGGCGGUGACAUGCGUACCAGUUCUUCACCUACCCGAUUUUGACCGCCCUUUUAUCCUUACCACCGAUGCGUCAGACUUCGCUGUAGGAGCAGUGCUUUCUCAGGUUUUUCCCUCCUCUCCUGAUUCCUUUCAUCCUCGUAUCCCUCGCUUCCCACCACCUACCCCUACCACUGCUUCCCGACUGACGCCUACUCGUCCAGCUACUGACGAGCCUUCUAUUGACUAUUCUCCUACCAUCGCCGAGGACGGCACUDUSSAGUCUCGCUCAGGUGAUUGUCCGAUAGCCUUCUACUCCCGUCAGCUCCUGCCCGCCAAGAUAAACUACACUGCUGAUGAACGUGAGGUUCUCGUAGUAGUUUAUGGCGCUCGACACUGGCGUCACUACCUGCACGGGGCACCAUUCACGGUGCGCACGGACAACUCUGUUGUCCAGGCUUUUCUGACAAAGCCGAAGCUCACCCCUCGACAGGCUCGCUGGUGGCGCGACCUAUCCGAGUUUAGUUUCACCGCUGAGCACAUCAAGGGUGAGACUAAUCGGGUCGCAGAUGCCCUAUCCCGGCGCCCUGACCACGACCAAGAGCACAUCCAGCUCUCUUCCAUCUCGGUCACCACUGUCCACCACUCGGUGAUCGACGAGUUUCGCACUCAGUACCGCCACUGCCCCGACUAUCGCGACAUCCACGCGAUCCUUCGAAGUGGCAAGACCGUCCCGAACUACUCUCUCGGGGACAACGGUAUUCUACGUGUCCAAACAGAAGCAGAGUUCCAUGACCAGGCAGCUGUCGGUCAUAUGGGCUUCCACAACACGUUGGCUCGUGUGAGCCGCAUGUACGUCUGGCCGAAGCGCAAGGACUUUGUGAAGGACUACGUCGCAGAGUGUCCCACCUGUCGGGAGGUAAACAGUGCGAACCACCUGCCUUAUGGUUUGCUCCAGCCUCUUCCUAUCCCUGAGGGUCGUUGGCAGUCCAUCUCGAUGGACUUUAUCGGUCCUCUUCGUCCUCCGACCCCUCGCGGUCAUGAUGCUAUCCUGGUCGUCGUCGACCCCUUCACGAAGCGUGCACGCUUUGUUCCAUGCCGCUAUGCCAUCAGUGCACGUGAGGUCGCCGACAUCGUGUUUGACCGAGUCGUGCGUGACCACGGCUUACCUCGGAGCAUCAUAUCUGACCGUGACCAACGCGUUACCAGCCGAUUCUGGCGACGGCUCCACGAGGUAUACGGCACUCAGCUCCGCUUCUCCUCGUCUUACCAUUCUCAGACUAAUGGUCAGACCGAGAUCACGAACAGGACUCUCGGAGAUAUUCUUCGAAAGAUUGUUCGUGACGACCAGUAGUGGGAUCUUCAUCUUGCCCACGCGGAGAUAGCCUACAACCACGCCGUCUCGCUAGCCACGGGGAUGUCGCCUUACUAUUGCGACCUCGG